UUCCGAGGCUUUUUAAAAAUUCAUCCACUUACAUAAUCUUUAUCUAAUAUUUUAAUUAAGGCUUAAUGAAAGUACAAAAAAGGCAGACAUUUGGCAAGUUCAAAUACUAGGAAAGUGCAAGUUUUGCUUAUUUGUAGUGCAAAUGCAGUAUAUGGUACCAAGUAAGGUGUGCCUCUAGGGGCUGAGAGUUGUCUAUGCUUUCCCCGUUAGGCGUGUUUUAUAUGAGAGGGCCCCACUGUAUCACAUAUAUUAGAAUCCCGUGGAAGUCAUGGGACAGGCACGAUGCCUUUCACGUCGCCAACAGCCUUUUUGCCUAUGCUGUUUUCGGUUAGUUCUUCACAGCUCACAUAAACUGAAUCAUAUGUUAAAACAACUCAUGCUCUUCUUUUUUUCUUUACGAUCAGGAGUUUUAUUUAUGAAUUAGGAUACUUAAGACCUGUUAUAUGCCAAUCUGUCUUUCAAAUUGUAAGGUAUUUUCAGAAGCGACGGGGAUGGGGGUCACGACACAAACGCCAAUCGUCCUCUUGGCUUGCUAGCCAUUUCAGCUGAUUUAAAACACGCCGUGUAGCCUAAACGUGAGCAGAGUGACGUGUAUGGGCUGGGUCUCCACAACAUCAGUGCCUAAGUCCACGGAGAGGACCGCGCUGCACCAACACAUCAAAAGGCUUCACCGUGUAGUUUUGUCAGGUGCAGACAAUGUCUUACGGAAGGGUGGAUGUCUACCGCUCGCAACCGCGAGACUUCAGCAACCUAAUUCAGACAUGCAGCUCAAAUAUUCAGAAAAUAACACAGAACACUGGCCAAAUCAAAACCAUGCUGUUCCAACUAAGUAGCAGACCAGACACACUUGAACUUCAAGAUAGACUUCAGCAGAUGCAGCAUUACACAAACCAGCUGGCUAAAGAGACCAACAAGCACCUGAAAGAGCUGGGCUCUUUACCUCAGCCUCAGUCUCCAUCAGAGCAGCGGCAGCAGAGGAUCCAGAGGGACCGGCUGAUGAAUGACUUCUCAGCAGCCCUUAACAACUUUCAGGUGGUCCAGCGUCGAGCAGCUGAGAGGGAGAGGGAGUCAGUGGCAAGGGUCCGCGCUGGCUCCCGCCUACCGGUUGAAGAGGGCAAUCAAAAUGAUCAACUUGUGACAUUCGAAAAGAAUGAAGACUGGAAGCAGAGGCAGAGUCAUACAGAAGAGGAACCUAUCACACAGGAAGACCUGGAGAUGAUCAAGGAGAGAGAGACAAACAUCCGGCAGCUGGAGUCAGAUAUCAUGGAUGUGAACCAGAUCUUCAAGGACUUGGCAGUAAUGAUUCAUGAUCAGGGUGACAUGAUAGACAGCAUCGAGGCAAACGUGGAGAACGCUGAGGUGAAUGUGGAGCAUGGCACUGAGCAUCUGCAGCGUGCAGCUUACUACCAGAGAAAAUCACGCAAGAGGAUGUGUGUUCUGGCUUUAGUGCUGUCCCUGGUGCUGACCAUCUUCGCCAUCAUUAUUUGGCAAGCUAUCAAAUGAGAAAAGUUAUGUUAAUGGUUGUUUUGUCUUAUUUUAUUGAUGCAAUAUUUGAUUAACUGUUGUUCUAUUAGUCUUUAACAUUAGAAUGCACUCAACACCUCAGUUAAAUCUAAUUUAAGUUUUAGUUAGGAAGUAAAUUACUGUUUAAUUUUAGUUCAGUAGAUCACUUGCAUUAGUAGACAGACUAAAGUUUUUUCUAUAGGUUAGCUAGUAUGGAGAACUCCUGCUGUGUCCAUGAAAAGGAAGCUCUAUUGCUCUUUUCUGUUCCAGUCGGGAAUAUUUAUUUAAAACAAAUGUGCUAAAAUUUGUUUCAAAAAAUAAAAGAAAUUGUGUGUAUAAAAUAA